GCGCUGGCCGGUAGAGGAAGGGACCUCUUUCGGCCAAGGACAUGAAUGGGAUGACUCAACGGUCAUUUCCCCUUCCUAGAGCGAAUGGUGUGACGGGUCGGGGAGACAGAGGGUGGUGAGGUUGCCCGCAUAUCUCUAAAUCUUAGGCGGCUGGACCGAUCAGCCGGAUUGUCCGUCCUUCUGUUCGCUUCGCCAUGUCGAAGAGAAUCCUCUGCAAGUAUUUUGCACAUGGGGCUUGCUUGAAGGGAGAGCACUGUGAAUUUUCUCAUGAUUGGAAGGAUCAAGCAAACAAUAUUUGUACCUUCUAUCAGAAAGGUGUAUGCUUCUAUGGAAGUCGAUGUCGGUAUGAUCAUGUAAAAGCAUCUCGCCUCCAGGCACAAACCCACCUACCGUCUUCAGAAACAUCAUCUUCAGUUUCUCCCUCAUCUUUGAACUCAAGAUCAAGCCCAAUUGCCAUUUCCGUUGGUCCCAUUCAAGAUGUAAAACCUCCAGCGCUAGGGCACAUAACAGAGCUUUCAUAUCUAGAGAACCAUUUUUCUCCUUCUGAUGGGCAUAUUUGGAGCCACACUUAUGAAGACCCUUUUGCUUUUAACGUGGAGCUGGAUUGUAGUUCCAGUGUUGCAUCUGCAUCUGAUCAGCCUAUCUGUGCUUUUGCUGCUGCUGGAAGCUGCCCUCGUGGAGACAGUUGUCCUCAUGUUCAUGGGGAUUUGUGUGAAAUCUGUGGAAAACAUUGCUUGCAUCCGUAUAGGCCAGAGGAGAGAGAAGAACAUAUUCAACAAUGCCAGAGAAAUAAAAAGCAUCUUGAAGCCCUGCGGAGAAGUCAGGAAAUAGAAUGUUGUGUUUGCCUUGACCGUGUACUUUCCAAACCUACACCUGCUGAGCGCAAGUUUGGCCUUCUCUCUGAAUGUGAUCAUCCCUUUUGCAUAUCAUGCAUCCGCAAUUGGCGAAGCAAUUUUGCUACUUCUGGAAUGGAUGUCAAUUCUACAUUGAGGGCUUGUCCAAUAUGUCGCAAACUCUCAUAUUUUGUCAUUCCAAGUGUCAUUUGGUUCUCAUCAGCAGAAGAAAAGCAAGAAAUAAUCAAUAGUUACAAGGCAAAACUCAGGUCUAUUGACUGCAAGUACUUUGACUUUGGUAAUGGAUCCUGUCCCUUUGGAACUAGUUGUUUCUACAAGCAUGCUUACCGUGAUGGAAGGAUUGAAGAAAUAAGCCUUCGGCAUCUUGGCGCUGAUGACGGAAUUACAGUAAUUGCAAAAGAUAUCAGGCUUUCAGAUUUCUUCAGGGGAUUGCAUAUGUAGUUCACAGAAGUGUAAAUGGGAACAUUGAAGAACCUGAUCAUGUAAGAGAGGUUAUCACAGCGAAUUACAAAAAAUGUGGAAUGCCAUUGAUGACUUGGAAGGAUAAGCGAAGCUCAUAUGAGGUGCUGCAGAGUGACUGAAGUUGUAGUUAGAGAGGAAAACGUGGAAAAUGAAAAUCAAGAAUCCUGGAUACGUUGGCAUAAUGGUCUGUUACUGAUGAUGAACAAUAAAUGCAGACUAAAACGGGUCAGUUGCUGCUUUGGUCUGGGAAUAUGAAUUUGGACUUUUACGGCCUUUAAUUGGAUUCGAAAUUGGGUUUAGAUUCAGAUGCACCUAGAUUUGCAACAAAUUCAACUUCUAUAGUUAAGCUAAGUCUGACUGACUACAAUUGGCCCUUAGGCUUUAUGUAAUUCCUUGUGGAGUGUGUUCGACCGCUUUCCUCCGUAGCUUUGAAAGUUGUGGAAACAUGGUUUGAGCUUACUAUUUGAAUUUUGUGGAAUGUACGACAGUGAUUGCAGGCCAGACAGUACAAUGUAAUGAUAGAUGUUUGAUAAGAACAUCAAUGGUCGUUUAUGAGGUUUAGGAGGC